AAUCGCCCAUUCAUACCCGCCCCCGCCAUUUAUCACCUCACUUCCAUCUUGGUUGACUCCUUCGCCCUGCACCGUUUCCGCCCCCUCACUUGCCGCCGCGCGCCCCGUGCUGCAAUACCGCCGCCCUCCAUGGCUUCGCUGCCCCUCGCGCGUUCUCCUGCCCGCAUUGCCGCGCCCGCUUCGCCCGCCGUGCUCCGCCAUCGUUCCGCCACUGUCGCAACAUUGCACGUCAACUCCCCGUCGGCGGCGCCCGCGGUCCCCGCCAACGCAUCCGCCACCUCCCACUUGCGCCAGUGCCAGCCCCAUGCAUCUACCCCUUCCCCCUCCCCGUUCCCCCUCCCCCGUGCUCUGCGCGCCCCCUUAGUCGCUAUCUCAGGCGCGCUGCUCCCCGCCCUGCCCGCGCUCGCGGAUAUCGCGGAGGAUGCGGCGGGGGCGGCGGAAGCGGGCGGUGGAGGGGACAUAUCUGCGCUCGUAGGUGCUGCGGCGGCGGUGGCUGGCGCGGGGGCGGUGUUCGCGGGAGUGAAGGCGUACGGGUACUUCCAACUACAAUUCCUGGUGGCGCGUGUGGUGGGCCGGCACGUGCCACGUGGCGGCGCGGUAGUGCUGGACUUCCGCGCGGGCAGCGGCAGAAAUCUCUACUACCUGCCCGAUGACGUGGGCAAGCUGCUGGCCAUGCGGCCAGACGUGCAGCCGUCUCUGCUGAAGCAGCAGGCCAUAUCGUCAGGGGUGCUGAUUGACGUGCUGCCAGACGGCCUCACCGCACUCAACCGCAUCGAAUCGGCUUCUGUCGACGCCGUGAUCACGGUGGAUGGUUUCAAGCCUCUCACACCCUCCGAAGCCGCCACAGCUGCUGCAGGCAUUGCUCGCAUCCUCAAGCCAAGCCGACCGCUGAUAUUUGUGGAGGCAUGUGAGAGCGGCAGUCCGGAAGUGAAGGACACAUCCCGCCCUUCCUUCUCCUUCCUCCCUGAUGCGGUGUUGCCCCUGUACGAGCAAGUGAACUAUGACUACGUGCUGCCGGCCAUCGACCGCCAUGUCGUUGGGGUGGCGGUUCGCUCGUCAGACAGCGCACCUGUCUCUCCAGGCGGCCCUUCUAAAUCCUCCUCUGCUUCAGGGUUUAGUGCAGGCAAAACAGGUCGGAAGCAGUGACGAUGUAAAAAACAGGAUGCGCUCCAGGGAUUUAGCAAGCGCUUCUUCUAUAGUAGUAUGGUUCCGGUAAACAGUCGAGCAACCAAUUCUUCAUGUUGCAGAGGCACAGCAUAGCAUCCAGAGCCCCAUCAAGUUUUGUGUAGGCAAAUAGUGGAAAGCGCUCCAUAAGAUGAGCCUAGAAUCUAGUAUCAGAAUGAAUAAUUGACUAGAAUGGGG